AUUGAGCAGGUCACCAUCUUGCACACUGUGGUGAAAUUUUCUUAUCUUAGCGAAAUGGAAGGCUCUCUGUACCUAGCGUUUUCUGCACUUUUGGUCUCGGUCAUUGUCUGGCUUCUUAAUCCUUUUCAUAAACUUCACAAGUUCUUGAAUUAUUCCUUAAGAAGAGACGGUGGCAUGCGAACUGAUCUUCCGGAUGGGGUUCGCUCGUUCAACAAUAUGCCUGGCCCAAAGGGAUGGCCUAUCUUAGGCGAUAUGCUGAACUUUCUACGAAAAUCUGAGUUCAAAGAAAUUAUAGCGGAGCUGAAGGACUCGUUUGAUAAGUACGGUCCUGUUUUUAAGAGGAAUUUUAUAGGAACAUCAGUGGUUUAUGUCAAAGACCCAAAGGAUAUCGAAGUCGUCAUCAAAGCAGAUGGAAAACAUCCCAUGCGACCUCCCUCAGCUGUAAGCACGGCGAUUAAUAAGUACAGGAAAAGCAGAAAACUCCCUAAAGUCCUUUUUGGAUUGUAAGUAUUGAGAAAUUUGUGAAUCAACCGAUGAAAAAUAUAGGUGGCAAAAUUGGGGGGGUUGUGGGGGCAGCCUCCUUCCCCCCCCCCCCAGGAAAAAUUUGGGGACUCUGUACACCAACGUAUAAGUGUCGAUGAUAUUACUAACGCAGCAUAAAAUAAGCUUCCCCAUAUAUUCAGUCUAGGAGUCUUUUCAAAUUGUUUCAUCAGGAUCAUGUAAGGCAAAAUUCAAUGUGAGAUGAGUUUUUUCAUCUGAUCAACUCCACCUUGCUGGAUUUUUCCACUAGACUUAAGUGAAGUGGAUUAAAUUUUGCAUUGAUGUGAUAACAUGUGAGGAAUGGAAACAGACAGUCUUUAUGAGAACUCAACCAUUUUUUAAGCUCUCUUUUUUUAUUUUCUACAAAUUUCAUAACAGUGAGGUGUAUUUCAGCUUUAAAAAAAUGAGGAAGAGGAAGAGAAUCAAAAGCAAUCCAAGGAAAUAAGAAUUUUGCUUAUUUGGAUGUUUCUGUAAUAAGUUAAAUAUGAUUUGAAUUCCAGCUGCUUUAGGAAAGUGCAACAAAGAAAUAAAGUAACAAAAAUACGGCAGUUAAAACAUUACAUUACACUGCAAGGAAAGGAUAUUUACUUGAACUACUCAGGGGACAGCAUUUUAGAAAAAUUUGAAUCAGGGUAUGCACUUGGCUUAGUAUACUGGAUGAGCUAGAAAUGUCCCCCUCUCCCCUCACUUCAAAGCCCUUUGUCACCAUUGAAACAUUAAGGAGAGAAUGAGAUAAUUCACUGCCUCUGAGCCAAACAGAACUUGACAGAAGAUCAAGUUGGGCAGUGUGGCAGGGAGUUUAGCCCUUUCAUCUCAAAGUUACUUUCUAACAGAACCAAAAUGAAAAUCUUGAGCACAAAAUACUGAAAAGGCAACAAUUUGUUGGUAGGAUUUGACAAUGACACUGCAAAGAAGUUGGAGGAACUGUUAACUUUUUUGAACCUUUACAUAAAUAGCCAUAUUUUCUGCACUGUUCUCUCUGCAUUUUCUACAUCAGUAAUAACAAUAAGGAGCUUCAGUUGGUGAUCAUUUUCCUUAUUCUCAUGAUGUUUACAGUUUAAUGAAGAGUGAGAUUGUAAGGAGAAAUUAGAGGCUAGUCAUUCUUAUAAGUUAGAGUCUUAAGCUUUUACACCAUAAUGUCAGUAUGUAUAUUCCCCAUACUAUUACAUACACAUUUGCUAAGGUGUUGACAAGGAGAAUUUGCUCUAUAAUCAAGAGCCUCUUUAGUUGGUGAUCAUUUCUUUUAUUCUUGUGACCUAAUUGUGUGAUUUAGGGAUGACUUUGUGAGUAGAAAUUAGCAAGGGUUUUAAAAUGCUUUGAAGUAGGAGUCAAACUUGGCAAAAGUGGUUGACUGUGAAAAGUUUAUUUAAGGCCAAAAGGUAAUUAUUUUGAUUAGAGUAACCAGCAACAUGAUGUCAAGAUGAAUAUGAACUCCAGCAGUCACCAGCUUGUUUUGAAAUCCUUGAAUUAGAUGCUAGUCACUCUUAGGGUCAUAGGGUUAAGAAAGAGAGCUUUUAAAAGUCUUUGAGAGUGUAAGGUAUUGUGUAAUGGUAAUUAGUAGGUUAUAGAUACUAUAGAGUGUAACAAUCUAAGAGACAAAGAGAUCUUGAUCAUGUGGUAAUUAAGAAUGAGUUUUACACAAGAUAUCAUGACAAUUUCAUGUAUGAUAUACUUGAGCUCUUGGGAAAAUAAUAGUGAAUUAAGGAACAAUUUACCUCAAGUGUUGACCUAAGUGGUAGCAUAAAUGAAAUUUGUAACUUAUGCUUGAGGUGAAUCAAAAUGAAAAAGGACUACAUCUUGAUCAAUUAGUAAUGCAACCACAUUUUUAAUCACAUUGGUUAAUAAUUGUUCACCAAAGUAGAGAUAAAUAUCCACCACUUUCACUAGCACUGAAGUGAAUAAUUUUUUAAUUAUAUACCACACAGAUACCUCAAAAUUAGUUUAUUUCUCUCAAUAUACCAAAAACUGGUUGGAAAUUGAAAUCUUGAUUAUUCACCCCUGGCUGCUCCAGGGGUUAAUAAUACUUGCUAUUCACUUCCAAACUAGCCAAUUGGCACUCAGGAAACACUAUAGUCUACUUGUGUGGUAUAUACUAAUAAUCAGUAUCCACAGGGACAAACUAAUAUACAUUUUUUUGUUUUUAUCAUGAAAUGUGUUAAUAUUGUAAUGUUUAACCCAGCAGUAUUUAACCCUUUCACUCCCAAGAUCUAAUUAGUAAUUCUCCUUACUAUCUGUCAUACAAUUCUUAUGAUGUUAGUUCAGAGAAUUUGGUAUUGGAUCAACUAAUAAACCCAUAAUUGAUAUUCUUCUCUACUCUCAUUACCUACCUGCUUGAUAUUGUAUUGAUAUUGUAAGGAGAAAUUCUGUCUUGGUCACCUUUGGGAGUGAAAGGGUAAACCAAUAAGGUGAAUAUGUGUAUAAUAACAUAGCAUGUGAAUAUUGUAGUCUAUAUGCUGUGAGACAUUAUACCACUAUCUGUAUAAAGUACAUACAGACUAGGUUAGUGGCUUAAAAUCCCACAGUUGACAGACUAUGAUAAUCACAUAUUAAGCUGUUAUCUUAUUACCAACCAAUAAGUAGUUUCUCCAUACAAGACCUGUUCAUUAUCAAACAGAGAUAAUGAGAAGAAAUGGAAAGAACAAUCUAGGGAAUAUCACUUGAUUUUAUACUGAAUUCUCACAGCUAAAAUCACAAGAGAGGCAUGAGAUUCAGUGAGGAAAACAUAGAUAUUGAGAGUGAUAGAGAAAACUCAUUCACAGAAAGCUCACAUGUGGUCUUUACUGAUGUUUGGUUCAUUUUGUUGUAAAAAGUAACCAUAUUUUAAGGACUGUAAGAGAGAAUUAAAAAUUAGGUCUUCGGAGUGAAAGGGUUAAAGCAAACGACCCUUGGUUGUGGUUAAAAUUUGACAAAGUCUUUAACUGUUUAACUCAUUCUCAAACUAUUCUUGAACGACCUUCCCGAUUUUCUGAUGCCCAAGCUUCUUAUCGAAAAUUUCUUUAUUGUCGGACAGUUUUGGAUGCCCUGGCUAGAUCCAAAUAAUAAUAGGAUCAAUAUCAGUAUCUGGGCAACUGCCCACCUACCCCUCCCCUAACUCAGCAACUGUCAAUUGACAACAAUUUAAGGUUAAUGUUGGGUUAGGGGAGGGGUAGGUGGGCAGUUGCCCAGAUACUGAUAUUGAUCUAAAUAAUCCAAUUUUAUACUCUUCUUUAUCAAAUUUGACAAUAAUAUUUGGUCUCGUGUUUCCCUACAGGGACGGUGAGGAAUGGAACCGAGUACGAAAGGCUUUAGCGUCGAAAAUGCUUCGACCGAAAGAUAUCCGAGACAACCUGGAAAGCUUUAAUGGAGUGACAAGAGAUGCUAUAGAACAUAUGCUUUCAGUGCGGGGUGCAGAUGAAGAAAUUCCAAAUCUCGAGGAGGAACUUGGAAAGUGGGCGACGGAAUGUACGUAAACUGUUUCACGAAAGUGUGAAUAGAUCCAUUAAGGCUGUGAUCCCAGUGAAUGAGGUGUAUCACUGAUGCAAGUUGCUCUGUAGGUAGAGCCUCUCCCAGUAGGUAUCUCCAAGGGACCCUAGGGAAAUGGUAUAAAUACCAAUGGAAGAAACCAAAACCCUUGGCGAGGGAGCAAAUUACAGCACGUCUAAAACGUGUUUCUUCCUCCACUGAUCGGGCGACAGGAAAACAAAAGGCUGAGCAUGUUACAUGCGCAAUCUGUAGGUCCCACCAGGGGUUUGGAUUCUACGCUGACCGUGGGCAGAAUUUGUUUAGAGUUAGUCCUGGGUACCACUCCACAGUUGUAAGUAAUGAAUAAAGGGAAUGAGUUUUCAACGAAACUGUUGUGCUGCGUCAGUGGGAGAAUAUAACAGGGUAAUGAAAUAUUCUCAACUGAGUUGCUAGCAUAAAUUGGCCACCCUCAAGAGUAUCAAAGGUGACGUUUCGAGUUCUAGCCCUUUGUCAUUUGCUCUGACGAAGGGGUAGUGCUCGAAACGUCAGCUUUGAAAUUCUUAACGGUGGCCAAUUUAUGCUGUUGGUAGCCAUCGUGUUUGCUCCCUUUUACCACUAGAUGGAGGAUUAAAUCAUACAACGUUUGAUUUUGGUUUUUUUUUUGUAGUUUAGUUGAUUGCAGUGCCUGUGAUGGCUGGGCCUUUGGUCCAGGAACUUCUUGGCCCUUUAAAUUUUUUUCCUUAAAAGGUUGGCCCUCAGAAGUUUGGCGCCUUGGCCAAAUACCCACAUCAUGCUUUAUAAAUGAUAAAUCAGCACAAAUAUCUGUUUUUGCUAUUUUACAUAUAGCUGUGGGUACACUGGCAUUCGAUGUAAGAGUUGGAAUGUACGAUGACCCACCGAACAAAGAAACCGUGAAAAUGAUUAAGUCGAGCUCAGACGCCUUUUCACUUAUGGGAAAACUGAACAAAGGAUGGGAAAGCUUUAUCCUCAACUUCAUGACGACACCCACGUACUUGAAGUUUUGUGAAGCACAAGACACCUCCAUAGGCAUUGGUCAGCAUAUAGUGGACCAGAAAAUUAUGGAACUGAAGAAAGCAGCCGAAGAUGGUGAAGCUCUCAGCCAGGAUCAGGGUUGGUAAAACUUGUUAGUAAAUGCUAAUCUGUAGUGACCUGACCGGUGGAGAGUAAGCCUUUGGCGAUUUUCCCCGAAUGCCAUCGACGUGGUUAACCAAAACCACUCUGCAUUGGCAUAGCGGCCAAUUCAGGUGAAUUCAUUUGCAAGUAUUAGUUACCAAUAUCGUCUUUGUGUUAUAGCGGUGCCUCUGCUGACCUACCUCAUAAUGAAAGGCGAACUUACACCACAGGAGAUCAACACACAAUCUAUUGGGAUGUUUAGAGCAGGAGUAGAGACGGUGAGAUGAUAACAUAUUAACUAAGGAGGGGCAAAGACCAAAUAUCACGACCACAAUCUUGAAAACGAGCGACAAUAUAAUCAAAGCCUCAGGAGAGGAGUUGCUUUUCUAAAAUCAUGCUUUGUAUUAUCACAGAAACUGCAUUUUCUUUUAAAUUAUUCUUCAAAAAAAGCGAAGUAGCCAUCAAUAAAAUCAGUCUAUCAGUGUUAAAAUCAUCUUGCACACGGUGAAUAUGGCAAAAAAACAGUGACAUAAUUUUCGAGCAAUCAAAGCGCGUGCAUCUGCAAUUUCACCACAUGUAAUUUUCGAGGAUGAAUGAGGAUGGUCUAAAAAGAACAACAAACCAAAAAAAUGCAGAUUUUUAUAAUCAGUAUACUUUUGGUUAGCUCCCUCACCUUUCAAUUACUCAGUUGUCGUUAUAGAUAGAUAGAUAGAUAGAUAGAUAGAUAGAUAGAUAGAUAGAUAGAUAGAUAGUUUUACAGUUUUAUAGUUUUAUAGUUUUAUAGUUUUAUAGUUUUAUAGUUUUAUAGUUUUAUAGAUAGAUAGUUUUAUUGACUAAAAACAUAGCAGCCAUAGGCUGAAUUACGUCAAGCUUACAAUUACAAAUAUAUAUAUAAAUAUAGGGUAUAUGAAUACAACAAGAAAACUAUAAAGACCCUAUAAUAUAAUAUAUAAUUAAAAAUAUGAAUACAAUUAAUUAAAUAUGUAGUUAUUAAAAACGUGACUUAGAAUAAAACUGUUCUUGCAACGUUCAGUCCUACAUCAUGGUAGUUUAUAUAGUCUUUGGUUCCUAAGGCUGUAACUAGAUAUGUUCACUUCUGGCAAAAGUGAAUGUAAUUUGUGUUCCUUAUUUGUAGAGAUCUCGACGAAGAGUCUCGAGGAGAUUUUUCUUCUUCCUAUAUACUUUCAUUACCUCGAAUUUGAUUCAGGAAAUAUAAUUAGAUUCCUUCGGUUGAUUUUUAAGAUAAUUCUGCAGUAGAGAAAUCCAAUUUUCAUGAAAAAUCCUGAAUAAUUUUCCCUUGACUUUUCUCCACAGACGUCCACUGGGCUACAAUGGCUCCUUUACGAUCUGGCCCGUAAUCCAAAGGUGCAGGAGAAGGUGUAUGAAGAAGUGACCUCGCUAAUUGGGCCCCAUGGAGAUUUUACGCCCGAGAGUUUUGCCAAGUUGACUUACAUUAAGGCUUGUGUCAAGGAGUGUCUGAGGUAGAAAGAUGUUUGUGUUCACAAAUUUUUUGUAGGAACACCAGCUUAUUGAGAAGUCUGUACACAAAUUGUUCUGCAUGUUCAGUUUGCAUGAUCAAUGUUGAUAGAGGGAAGGGGGGGGGAAGGGGGUCCAAGCUUUGAUUCGGUAAGCGCAGAUUUUUUAAUAUAUAUGUAUUUUUUUCACUCUGGAUUAUUAAAAAAAAAAACCAGCAAAUAUUCCAAGGCAAGUGCAGUGAAAAACUUAAAGUUGAGUAGUAGUAUGUGAUCCUAUCAUUGCAAGAAGUUUGGUGUCGGAGAAGCACUGAAAAAAAAUCCUACAAGUCUGAAGGGGAGGAGGUGCCAAGCCCCUCCCUUCCUCCCCCCCCACCUCGUCCCAGAACCCCCCUGCUGGAUCCGCCACUGAGUUUCUUCCCGAUACAACGUGCAUUUCUCAUCAAGUGUUUUUUUUUAUAUAUAUAUUUCAAUAGAAUGCACCCUCCUGCUCCCGACUGGGCACGCCGUCUAAGCCAAGAUGUGGUUCUUUCUGGUUACCAUGUCCCAACAGGUGUAAGUCAAAUCGUUCAAUGUUUUUGAACAAGGUUGCACUCUAGUUUUUAUUAACAAGUUUUCUGCAUCAAUUACUUGCCAGUUGAGAUGAAAAGGGCAUGAAGAUAUUUUCUUGACAGAUCCAUUAGUCCAAAGACUGUCAGGCAAGUUUUUGAACAAGCAGAUUUAUCAAGAGAGAAAUCUGGAAACGUAGAUGACUUAAAUCAUAUAAAAGUUUUCUUUCCCGCUGUCUACUUUACAACUACAAUUGCAAAGAAUGUACCUCGAUUUUUUAAACGGUGUUCAACAGUAUUUGGGAAUCUCGCCCCAAGCCCGCGGACAUCCUUUCGGCGAAGCUUCCGGCCGAAACUAAGUUUUUAGCUUGCACGUUUUUUGUCUCAGGGCCAUUCUUUAUCCGAAUGAGACUGACGUUAGGCACAUGGCUCUUGACAAGUCUGUUGGGAAAAGGGUUUUUUUUCAGAAAACAGUCCAAUUCACGGCUGUGUUUUAAGAAACUAACUAUUUGAACCCAUGACCUCUGAAAAACCGGUGCACUGUUCUAUCAGCUGAGCUAACAAGCCGACUGGGAGUCGGUCAUUAAUAAACCCAUGUAGUGAUGAGUCAAUGACUUAGAAUAUAUGAAAAUCAUAUAGGUGAACUGUGGUUUUCCCGUGCAAGCCUCAAUGUUUCAGGCCUUAUUUCCACUACUGCUUUGUCUUCUUUCUUUAAGGCAAUCGUGGUUUAUUCCAACUAUCUUUCUGGGCUCUCUGAGGAGUUGUUCAAGUUUCCUUUGGAGUUCAGACCUGAACGUUGGUUAAACGAAGAUCUGGGAAAAGUUCACCCUUUUGCCAUAUUGCCAUUCGGAGUUGGACCACGCAUGUGUAUUGGUAAGAAGUGUAGUAGUUGUGAAUGACAUGGAGAGUGUGUUGUUUUAAACGAGUCUUAAAAAAUUGAGCAUGCAUUGAGUUUGCUUUUGCUUUUGUUUUUGCUUCACUUCGGUGAGUGAUUGGUCUUACAAAUUAACGCCAUCAUCUCAAACAAUCAGAGGCGAAAGCGAAACUAAUGGUGGCCAAAUCUGUCGCGUUUUCAACGCUUCGGACCUUUGGUUGUUUUCACUCUGAGUUCUGUUGUCCAUUUCUGACAAAUCUUGUGUUAUAAUUUAGUGUUAGUUUGUUGACUUUUUUAAACCCAAACGAAAGCCUAGUAGUCAAUUUCAUUGCCAUGAUUGAUGUUCGUCCUUCGCUAGCGAAAACGACCAUGACUUCAUUUGUAACUGGGCUCCCUUGAAACAGUCUGUCACAGUGUGGACUUAGGAUUGCCGGAAGUGGGCCAGGCUGAGAGGUGGCUUGAUAAACCGUAUAUUAACAACUCUCAUGUAACUCUUAGUGAAGUCUCUACCUUAGAAAACACACACAUCAGCCUCUGGCUUGCUCUAAGCCAAGCACUACGCCCACACCGGCUCAUAAUGGAUGCCAAUGAGAGCAUAUUUUCCCGCCAAUUCCGGCGUCAAAUGCAGGGAAAUACAAUUCACUUUACCCCUUGAUGGAAAUCGAAGAUGAAACAUGGUAGAAUUUCACGAGGCCUUACGACCGACUAAAUGGCUUUACUAAAUGAUAAAUACUGAACUGCGAAAAAUAAAGUGAAUUGCAGGGUUGCAACGUAACUUUUUUUAAUUGAUGAUGGUAAUGAUAAUGAUACGAAAAGAUGAGGGUGCUGAUUGGGAAUCACCAUAGGCAUGAAAAUAAAGCACCAAUUGUUACCUUGAUUGAUGAUGGUUUAAACUGUCGUAAUGCAAAAGUGAUCUCACCUUACCCCUUACAUCAUCAGUUUUCAAUGCUAAGACUGCCUUAAGGAAUUUAAUUUAACAAGGCCACUGAAAAAGAUAAGCUCAAACCAUUUGUAUUGUGACCUGAUAUAUUUGAAUAAUCUUUCCUCUAGGGCGUCGUAUCGCUGAGGCUGAAAUAUAUCUUUUGGCAACAAAGGUAAGCUUAUUAAAAAAAUAAGAAGGAUAAAGAAAGAUGUUUUUUCAUCUCUCUUACUCUAUUUACAAAAACCACAUUGCUGAUCCAAGCAGUAUACUGGACGCGUGCCAUAUAUGAACCUCGUAAUGGGCCUUGCUUACCAUAGAGUCUCUGUAGCUCAGUAGUAGAGCGUCGGAGCGCGGAAUCCGAGGGUCUGAGGUUCGAUUCCUCACAGGGAGUCAGAAUUUUGUUCUUUGUCCCACGCGCGUGACAGGACGAAAAAACAUCUUUCCCUACAAGGAAAACUUGUUUGAUCACUUCAGUUUGCAUGCAUGAUUAGCACGUUGUAGCAAUAUCAACUAAACCUGCCUGCCUCAUUUUUUGGCCUUCCCAUGCCUUGCCCAUUUUCUGGUUUUGCAAUCACGUCCAAGCGUUCCUAUAUUUUUUACUUGAAAACCUUGCAAGUCAAAGAUUGAAAGAGGCGCUUGACUUAAAUUUAGUUUACGACUAGCGGUAUAGCCAAGAUUUGAAUAAGGCAACCCUAUUCAUUCACCGACUGAAUUGCUGCGAAAUUCAAAACCUGACACGUUUCCGACUGUUUUUCUUGAAUUGAUCAUGACAACUUUUAUAAACAGCUUUGGGUAACGACAUUUUGAGUCCAACUCGGUUAUCCUCGAAAAUUUGGUUUUAUCAACCGAGCUGCUAAUCUAAAUUGCCCAUGGUAAAAGAGCUUCUCUAGCUUACAUCCCGAGCGUUACCACUUCGCCCUCGUUAGCCCUUUGCUCUGACGAAGGGCUAACGCUCGAAACGUCAUCUUUAAAAACUCUAUACGGUGGCCAAUUAAUAUUUGCUACGAGUGUCGAUGUAGAGCAGGGUUGUUCUUAGACAAAACUCAGGUUCGUCGGUAACAGCAUCAAACUGAUUUAUUUCCACGUAGUUGACUUAUCAACUUUACAGCAGUAAGCUUCUUCACAAUCCUCUUUCCCUAUUUUUUGAUGAAACUGUCGCUCUUAUAUAUAUAAAGUACAAGGAUUUAGAAACUUCUCUAAAGAACUAAAUUUAGUAGAUUAACACGGUUUUCAAAUUUCAAUAAUUACGUAAGAGAUAGAACGUUCCAGAAUGUUCUUAUACCAGAAGGUCACGUCUGGAUGACUUCGGGUUCUAGACUGUUCUAUAGAAUGUUCUAGGACUUAACUUAGACAAUUUUUCGUAACAAUAUUAUCAACCCAGUUGAUAGAACCAAAUUUUCUUGUAACACCCCCCACCGACGCAUUACCAUGGUUUCUAACCCCCUCCCCCCAUUUCCCUCUGUUAUCAUCGCCCCGACUUCCUAUUAAUUAUUUUGAAGGAUCUUAUUCAAGCUUAUGUGUGAUCAUUUUCAGCUGGUACAGCGGUUUGUCCUGGAAUAUCACGAUGCGCCAGUCGGUAUGAAGUCGAGACUGUUGUGUGUUCCUGACAAACCACUGAAGAUCAAAUUUAUUGACCGUGCGUAACUUGCUUAUAUGGAUGUUCGUUCUUGACGGUGGGAAUAAAUAAAAUAGACAUUUUUUAUCAAAAGGUAUCGGCAGGAUACACUCCAUAAGAUGUGUUUUACUCAGCGAGAGUCUGUGCAAUUUUUUUUUUUUAAAUCAAGCCCUUCGCAUUGACGACUUCCAAAUUUGAAUUACGCAGAAAUGAGUACUUGAUUGACUAAAAAGAAUCAAUGGAAAUAAUAUAUUUCACAGCAAAGUGACUAUGUGGAAAAUAAGAGGUCGUAUUAAAUUUUUAACUCCAAAUAUUGCAUUUCUAGUGUUUUGAUUGGUUCCGAAUGUUAGCUCAUAUUUUCGGGCCAAGUCAUCUUAUAAGAAAACGCAUUGCGAAGCGAAAAAAAGGCUCCAAUUAUCCAAACGUUCAGGAUUUACUGAGAUUUCAUAAAAACAAUUAUUCUUUUCGCGGAUGUUGGAUGUGUGAUUGGCUAUUUAUCAUCUCUAUUGACGAUGAUUAGGUAGAAGCUGCAGAUUGUGGCUCGCAGAAGGCUUUUCACAGCGCAACCGAGAGAGGAAAUUCGUGUAUGUCUCAAGCUUACGCGAGAACAUUGGGUAUGACAAUAUAGAAUGGUGGUAGUACUGAGUGGACUCCAAUUCGAUCUGUAAUGUUUCGACCGAUUUUUUUAAUCACCAGUAUUAUUACAGACAGAAUUGGACGACACGAAGUCCUGUUACCAAUUAAUCACGACCUUUAAAAUUUCCGAAAAAAAAACCAAAUAUAUCUAUUACAAAUAUCUCCAGUGGAGACAAUGUCCCAGGUUAACAAUUUCUCCAUUUUGGAAAUUCCCCAGUUUUUCGCAGGAUAAGUGGUUGUUGCUAUGGUUUUUGUGAUGAAUUCGGUGAUUGGUGGAUUUAGCUGAGUGGACUGGGUUGCUUCAAUUGUCCGACAACAGCCAACUGUCAGAUUACAACUUUAUAAAGUUAUUUGUGAAAAAUAAAGCAGUUACUGCACCAAUCACAUUUGAGAAAAUUGUAAUGAUUAUGAUUAGACGGAUUAUUGAAACCACAUGCAAUUUUGUUUACAAGUUACAGUCGAACUUGUGUUAAGUGGUCACGGGAAAUGUCAAGGUGACCGCUAAAUACAAGUGAACCGCUAAAUACAGGUUCCACAGUAAGGGGGUUUUAUGAAAGACAAAAAAUCGCAAUUUUAUGCCUUAAUCGACCGCUUAAUGUAAAAAAAAACGCACUUAAAAAUGCUUCUAGCCUUUAUUUUGGGAGAUGAGCGUGGGUUUAAUAUACUUAAAACUUUGUUCUCAGUUUUAUUUGAGUGGUUUGACUUUAAGUGACCGUUCAUUACAAGUGGAAAACAAUACAAACAGGCCGUUGGGACUCAAUAAAAGGUGACCAUAACCGCUUAAUAGAGGUGAAAAUUAUAUCGAUUAAGGGGAAAGAAUUUCGUGAUUUUGACCGUGUAAUACAGGGUGGCCGCUGAAAAGAGGUUCCACAGUAGUUCUCUUACAAGUUUAUUAUAGUCAUAGAAUUCAUAGUUCGUGUAUUUUCUUCAGAAAGGUUGCGACGCUUUUAUCCUUGUUCACCAUAACCAGCUUGUAAGAUGAUACGACGUCAACCACGCGCCACACUCAUGUGCUUAUCUUAAGUUCAUUUAACUGUUAUCACUCGUGUCUGGACUAUGAGGCAUAUGUCAUUUCACUUUUGAGGUCAAUAGUGUAUGUCAAUAUCAGCCCUUGAACACUUAAGCGAUAAACUUCCUACACUUUGCGAGUUUUGGUUGUUGAGGUUCAGCAACUCGUCACGUCACGCAAUUUUUGACAACACGACCUAAAAUAAACCGACUAGUCCUUUCGUGUCACUUGCUUAUCAGUACCUAGAGUCUGCAAUCUCGCGAUAUUUUUCUAUUACCAUGGACGACACCCUUUACUUUAUGACCACAGCUUUGCUGAUUUUAGUUGUGAUUUUGAUUGUGAAUCCCUUCGGCAAGCUCCACAAUUUACUGAGGCAGCUAUUGAAAGACCCAAAGGAAAAUCUUUCCGACGGAGUCCGAUCGUUUAAGGAUCUCCCAGGUCCCAAAGGAUUGCCUUAUUUUGGUGAUAUUCUGAACUACAUUAAAACGAGCUCCGACUUCAAUCGUCUUUUGAAGAAUCACCUGGAAAACUUUCACAAGUACGGCCCGAUUUACAAGAGGACUGUCAUCGGACGAACCGAGAUCUUCAUAAAAAACCCAACCGAUGUCGAAGCUGUGUUCAGAGGCGACGGGAAAAAUCCGAUGCGACCUGAGAUGAUUUUCAGGGCUCAAAGGGAAUACAUGAGCAGCAAGAACCUUCCAGAAGGUUUGGCUUCCCUGUAAGUGAACAGAAUGACUGCAUUACACUUAGAAUGGAAUUGUUUAUUUUUGUCUGGGAUUUCUCUACACUUUUUCAGGGACUGCCAUAUUUAUUUAUUUAUUUGUGUACAAAUAAUGUACACAGAGCAAUGAGUCUGUCACGUGGUCUCUGGUUCCACAAGGAAGAGAGAGGACCCUGGGUAUGAGGUUGGGUGUUUUUUCGCAGCGGCCAUUACUCUUCUCGGCUAAUGUUUAUUUGGCAAAUUUCGACUUGUUUUCGCGGUGUGAUUAAUCCACAAGUUGAGGAGAAGUCGAUUGAAUUUUGCGACGUUUUCCAUUUUUCUAUUAAGUGAAUUGUGCCAGCUUUAUUGCAAGGAGUCAUUGUACUCUGAUAUAAAAGCCUUCUUGACUUGAUUUGUGCGGGUUGCACGACGGAGUCUCAAAUUGCUUAGACUGUCUCACAAGUGUCACACAAGUGUCUCAAACUGAAAGAAACUGUAACUUGCACUGUAUCAGCUGAUCGGUCAAUGAUCGGCUCUCGUGACAAUUGCGUGAAAACCAAAGACGUCAUUUCGCGUUUUAAAGAUCGUUUUUGGAAUGUAAUGCUCGUGAUGUUUUAUUUAAAUUUGUUUUGUUUGCCGACAUCGAAGCAAGUUGGUAGACACUACAAGAUGUCGAAUCAAGUGAUGUUUUGGUUUACACAAAUGAUGCGCUUCAAUGUUUAAAUUCCAUUGCUUAUAAGACAGGCAAAUAAUGUGGAGAAAAAUCCAGGCCCUACGACAUUUUAUAUCAUUGACCCAGUAAGUAUAGUGUCUGCUGAGUACAGUCAAGGAAAUGAAGCACUCUUUGGUGAACAUGCUGGUAAGCAAUAUGUAGCAGUGUCACUUGCUGCCAUUAUUUACCAUCAAAUAGAACAUAUCAGUAAAUGGACUUCAAAACUCACUGAUAAAAGUAUUUCAAGUUCUAGACUAAACUUUAAUUGUUGUUUUUUAACUGUUGGCAUCAAUGCAGUUGCAGUGUUCAAACAUUCUGAACAAAGCUUUAAAAAUUUUACUCUUAUGCAAAGGAUUUUUAUGGUAUGUCACGUUCAUUCGGGAAUGACUCUGCUUGAAAUCCUUGUAUCAUAUUUGCAAAUGUCUUGCUUAGAAACAGGGGUUGUUCCUUUGGAAAUUAAAGGUGUCUUUAUAACUGACUGUCAACCUGAACUGGAAAAUGUUCACAGUAACCAAGAGAAUGAACAGUUCUCUUUGAGUGUUAAAAUAACCCAGAACAACUCGUUAACAGAAAAGUGUUCAGAUGAAACAGCAGAAAUGAAGAAAAAGUUGAUUGGGCAACUUGAAUAUGAGAAAAAAAAAAGAAGGGCAAAUGAAAGUGAGGAAUCUAGGCAAAAGAGGCUGGCACAAAAGCGUGAGAACAGGAGAAAGAAACAAGAAUCGAGACAAAAAAGGCUCGCAAGUCAAUCUAAGUAUCAAAAAGAAAAAAAAAUGCUAAUUAAUCUGUUAAAUGCAGGCAAAAGAGAUUGACAAAGCAGUCUCAGUAUCAGAAAGAAAAAACUGCAAAUGAAUCUGUUGGAUGUAGAGAAAAGAGACUGGCAAACCAACGUCAGUAUCAGAAAGAAAAAACUACAAAUGAAUCUGUUGAAUGUAGGGAAAAGAGACUGCUAUCAAAACAAGAGUAUCGCAAAAGUAUUUUUCACCAAUUUAACCAGUACUUAUGAAAUCUGAAAGUUCCAUGCUGCUGUUUCUAGGGGUCCACUGCACAUUUGUUCUUGUUGUGACCAGUUGUGGUAUAGACACAGUAUUCUUGCUGCUGAAAAGCUAAGACUUUUCAACCUUGAUGCAGAAAAAUGUUUAUUGAUAUUGAAUGGAUCUGUCAGUCUUGUGACAAACAUCUGAAGAAAAGCAACACCACCCUGGGCAGCUAGGAAUGGUAUGUCUUUUCUAGUGAAACCAGACUAUUUUGAUAUAAAUGAGUUGGAAUGCAGACUUCUAGCACCUAGAUUAGCUUUUCAAAAGCUUAUGCAAGCCCCAAGAGGAAAUCAGUUGAAAAUAAAAGAAUUGUUGUCAAUGUACUAGCAGAUGUUAACAAUACUGUUAACAUUUAACCAUGGUUACCUCGAGAGAUUGGAACAAUAAAAGUUCAACUAAAAAGGCAAUUGCAAUAUAAAAGUUCAGAACUGUCUUAAAAUGGAAGAUCAUAUCAAAAUUUACAAGCAGCAAACUGGCUGGCUGAUAACAGUAACCUUUAUAAAGAACAAGGAAUAUCCUUCUGUGAAGACAGGGUGGCAAGCUGUGAUAUAAACUUGCGAAAUGUAACUGAGAGUGAAGAUAAUUCUCAAGCUACCUGUAAUGAACAUAUAAGUUAUACAUGUAAUGCUGAAAAGACUGCAGACGAAGAAACAAGUUAAGUUUAUGAUGAUUGGACUGAAGAGGAUGCAGAAAUACCUGCAGGAGUAAUUGAUACUUUGUUAACUGCAACUGACUUUCUUGAUGACAAUGAACGGCAACAAAUUCACAACAUUGCAUGUGGGGAAGGUAGUGUACCUCUGAGUAUAUUUAGAGACAAAUAUUCUAAAGAUAUAGCCUAUCCAGGAGUGUUUCUAGGUCAAAGGCGGCCCAAAAAUAAAGAGAGAGUAGUUGAUGUUCAUUACAGUGAUGUUUGCAAAUCAGAAUUAAGAAGAUCAGAUCGACGAGCUGCGAUGUCUGUGGAGAAUAUCCUUUUUAAAACUAAAAAAUUACAAAUAAAGAUUCUGCUAGGAAAAUCUCAAAUAGCACUACGUAAAUGUAAAGGGAACAAUAGAUGUCUUACAGCUGGUCAGGUAAAGCAAAAAUGUACACUAGAAAGAUUAGUUCAUUUUGAUUAAGGCUAGAAACUUUAAAGAGCACUUCGUGGCUCACCUCCUUAUUUUGAGAAGGCCAAAAAAAGACAUCUUUGCGAUGAUCAGAAAUCUAGGACCUACUACUUUAUUUUGUAGUUUUCUUAGAACACUUGGCAAGCUUGUUGACGAUAAAGAAUAUUCAGAUAACGAACUAGGAAAAAUGAACUGGGAAGAAAAGUGCAGGUUAAUUCAGAGUGAUCCAGUAACUUUGCAAGGCAUUUUGUCUAUCAAUUCAAUCAGUUUUUAAAGCAUUUUUUAAUGAGCAAUGCUGCUCCCUUGGGGAAAAUAACAGACCGGUUUUACAGAGUCGAACAUUAACAGAGGGGCUCUCCUCAUAUUCACGUGUGAACUUGGCUUGAAGAUGCGCCAGUGUUUGGAUGUGAUGACGACCAUGAUGUGACAUCAUUUAUCGAUAAAAUAAUAACUUGUAAAAAAUCAAAAAAUGAUCUAGGAUUAGAGCUUCUUGUCAGUAGAUAGAUUCAUAGGCACUGCCAAACUUGUCCACAACCACCUAUGACGUCAACAACCAUUUUGUAUCUUCUUGGUGAUGAUGUAUGUGAAACUGAGGUCAGAAAACAUAAAGAUACUUGGAAAAAUAGUAUGGCAUGAAAGAAGGUGAAGACGUCACAUUUGACAAUUGCUGAUUAAUCUAAACAUCACUAAACGGAACUACCAUCUUGGUAUUCAAUCAAGUCUCACUUCUCCUACGAUAUUUUAAAAAAGAAAACCAAAUGAACUAAGAGUAAACAAAUAUAAUAGUCCCUGUCUGAGUGCCUGGAGGGCAAAUAUGGAUAUCCAGUUUGGGUGUGAUGUUUAUGUUUGUGCUGUGUACAUUGUGUCAUAUAUUUCAAAAGCACAAAAAGGAAUGAGUCAGCUUUUACAAAGAUCAAAUGAGGAAGCCAGAGCAGGAAAUUCCAGUAUAAAGCAAUAUAUAAGAGACAUCGGUAACCAAAUUUUGCAUGCUGUGGAAAUAAGUGCCUAGGAAACAGUUUACAUGGUCUUUUACCAACGAGAAAAAGUUCCAGAGAAGUGAUUUUGAUGAUGACUCAGAAGUUCACUCAUUAUUCCAAUAAUGUAUCAACACCUUAUGGAGGUACAACUGUGUAUAGAAGAAUCCCGUACUUACCUGGGUAUCCCUACUGUCACAACAUACGUAGUAUUGAAGUUACUGUAAUAAAGAUUACCAUUUAUGAGGAUUGGACAAUACUAGGGAUAUAUCGCUCACCAAAGGAGCCUGUAAGAAAGCUUUUUCCAGUAAUUUCUGAAAUAUGAAACGGCACUUUAAAAGAUAAUAUUAUUGUGACUUUCAGUAUCAACGGGCUCACUGAAACAGAGACAAGACCUUUACGUAAUCUAAUAGUAAGGGGCAAGCAUUGCAAACAGUGGAUACCAAGUUAUACAACUGACCAUAAAACAGUACUUGAUCAGAUAUAUAGAAACAUAUCUCACUUACAUGUAGAUAUACAGACAAAUGUAUUACAAACAUAUUUCACGGAUCAUAGAGCCGUUUGGGCCUCAUUUCAUGCUAUUCAGUAACAAAAGAUCAUAUUACAUCAACAGUACAAUGUGAACUUAUAGAGAACAAAAGAAACAAACCAUCAAAAUAAUAUAAUACAGAGAGUUGUCCCUCUUCUCAAGACAACGCUUUUAUUAAUUAAUAAUAAUAAACAGAUGCCGACACAGAGUUUGAUUAAGUUUCUAAGAUACAUCUAUUUAGUUGGCCUCUUUCUAAACAGUAACUGCAUUCAAACAUAAACAACAUUGCAUUUUUAAGGCAGCGAAUUUUGUAAGUUAGUGGAAAUCCACAAACUACUCCCUUCUACAAGCAUCAUCCACAAGUAAAUCUUCAACCCCCACUCACUACACCCUCCCCCUAAAAAAGUCUCGUUUGAACACCCACCCUUAUCAUGUAACCACAACUUACUGAAACUCAACAUUUACAUUAUGAAAAUUAUAAAAUUAACCCUGUAAUCAUCAGUAUGGUGACACUUAACAUAAUUACAUCGCUUGUCAAUUUAUUGCAAGAAACUAUGACUGUGAAUAAUUGUAUUAUUUUUGUCAUGUUCCAAAAAGAUUCAAUCAGAGCAGUAUGGAAUUCUACAUUUACAAUAGUGGCACUUCACUAGACAUGAAAAGACACAUGAUGUACAAGUAGCAUGAUAGCUGUUACAUACAGCAAAAAAUGCAAAAAUGGAACUAAGUAAUGGCCUUCCAGGAAUUUCUGUGGAAGUUGAGUCUUAAAUAAGAAUUCAGAAACCAAAGCAGUGAAGCUCAAUGAGGAAUGGAAAGAGGAAAACUCCACUUAUAUAUUUAACUCUGUAAUCUUUAUUUGACUUCAUAUGCAAGAACUUAGAUACAUGCACACUGUAGAUGUACUUUUCUUGCAGCACAAUUACUAUGAACAUCACUUUCUUCUGAUCAUCAUUCCCCUAACAACCAUCUUAUCAGAAGAGGCAUUGUAACAAUAUGCUUUUCUUCGUACUAGAUUUACAAUGCAAUUUUACCACAUCUGCUAAAAUAUUAAUGUUGACAAGCCAAGAAAGAUACUUCAUUGUACAUAUAGCAAUCUCUAUACAAUGAUCACACCAACUUGUUAGGACUACACUGGAUUUUAAUACUGCUGGCAAAUUCUAAAUUCAACACUUGUGAGUAAAUAUCGUUGCCAAAGACUCGGUUACUUCAUUUUGCAAGAAGCUGAAGUAAUUAAAACCUAACCAUGUUGGGAGGUGCGAUGGUCUUAUGUUUAAAGCGCUGGACUACAGAUAGAACGGUCCACAUUUGAGCAGUUGUCAAGGUCAUUGUGAUAUGUUCCUGGAAUAUACUACUCGUAACUUGAUGCUAAGGACACCAGACGUAAGGGCCAGCCUGAUGGGCCACUUUGCUCAAACGCAGACUUUCUCUUCCUUACCUAUAUUAAGACUUCAUGAACAAGUUAUUGUCACAUCGGUAAUUAAUAUUUUGCCUAUAAUGUCAAUUUUAUGUACAACUAAAAGUAUUUGACUUACGUAUCUUAACAACCAUGUGAAAACCUAUGUUUUUUUGAUUCACAAAUUUUACCUCAAUUUUUGUAUUAAUUAGCUUCCAUUCCCUACUUUCACGCAGCACCUCAACACAAGGAUGGGUAUUAUAACCAUUGCAACAACAGUAUACUGAUAAUUUAUUUGAGAAUUAGCAACUACAUGCAGACCUGUUUUAAAAUCCAUUCGGAAAUUGUAGACUACCUCCAAAGGUAGUCCUCUUUAUCCGUUCUGAACGGAACAGUGGAAAUUUCCUUACCGUUUGCUAAAUUUCUAGUUUCCAGUCUCUCAUCAGCCGAAGACAAUUGCAAUUGCAAAUGGUAAGCGCCAUCUCGUUCGGCCGGUCAUCCCAACCGGGAAAUCAAGUCGUUAAUUUGAAAGAGAGAGGAGGCGAGGGGUUCCAAGCUUUGACUUCGACUCUAUGGCGUGAAUAAACCUUACGCCUAAAUAAGAUAUUGCAAGAGAUGUAAAGAUUGAAUAUAUCAUGCGAUCUUUGCUCACAUGAAUUUUGGUUUCAAACAAGCUAGAGGUAAAACUCACAGGUCCGAUGGAAAGGAAGAUCAGUACCCCCCCUUCCCCCCUCCCGAUUCUUCUUCCUUGAUUCAUCAUUGCAUCUUAAUUAUUAUCACCCUCAACAUCAUCCUCAUGCACGGUUAUAAUCACUGUCGUCGCCAUCUCAGCCAUAAUUAUCAUCCACAUCAGUAAGGCGUUUCCUGAAUGGCCCCAAAACAUUCCAGCACCAUAUUCCAUAGAGGAAAUGCCUAAAGUCUUUCACAAUGUUUGUAUUUUGAAGAAUAAGAGGCCUGAUGAUUCACCUCCUGUUAUCUUUUUCUGAUUCUCAGAGAAGGCGAGAAGUGGAGUCGACUGCGCAAAGCCUUAGCACCCAAGAUGCUGCGUCCUAAAGGAAUACGUGAAAAUCUACACAAUUUCAAUGGGGUCGCUAGGGAUGCCAUAACACACAUGGCUGCACUGCGAGGAAUUGGCGGUGAGAUUCCAGAUCUUGAAGGGGAACUUUCAAAGUAUGCUUGCGAAUGUAAGUCUUAAAUGUGAUUUAUUCCAAAUUGAUUUGCAUUAAUGAAGCUACUUUUUCUGCUUGCAUUAAUCACUCAACCUAGUAAAUAUAGAAAACUUUAAUGAAUAUCCUGAAGGUAGAGAAUACUUUGAUCCAAUAUGACUGGCGUGGUGGUGAGAGCACUCGCUUUCCACUUAAAGGGCCUGGGUUCGAUUCUUCGACCUGGCGUCACAUGUAGCUUGGGUUUAUAAUUGGAUUUCCUCCUCGCUCCGAGGGUUUUUUCUAGGUCCUCUGGUUUUCCUCCCUCGGCAAAAACCAACAUUCUAAAUUCCAAUUCGACCUAGAAACAGUGGACGUUGAAGACGAGCUAACUCGUGGAUUUUCCACUGUUUAAUCGUUUUUAUCACGUGAUUAUUAAUCGUUAUCAUUAUUAAUCGGGUAUUCACGCGCACACAUGGAGCACUCAUCCCGUUUCUGAUUCGAUAGAUGCUCCAACCUUUAAAAUAAAUAAAUAGCCAGAAGUAAGUAAUCCACUACAAGAAAAUUUUGCUUGACACCUUUCUUUGCGAGGUCACCUUAUGAUCUCAUCAUCGUUUGUAACGCAAACAUUUAUUUCGUUGUUACGUGAACGAUUCCAUUUUCAGCCAUCUUAGCGUACUCGACGUGUGUGCGCUUGAGUGAACACAUGUGUGUUCUUGUUUAAGCUAUAGGAACGAUGGCGUUUGACGUUAGAGUUGGACUCUUUGACGACCCACCAAGCAAAGAAACUAAGAAAAUGCUGAAAAUGAUCAAAGCGGUCUCUGAUGGAUUUGCACUCUUGGCAAAACUGAACAGCGGAUGGGAAGAACUUCUUCAUAGAUUUAUGGAGCCACCAUCCUACAGAAAAUUCGUCGAAACUCAAGACAUCACGUUCUCCGCCAGCCAAGAGAUUAUUGACAGAAAGGUUAUGGAACUGACCAAAAUGGCAGAAGAAGGCAAACAGUUUCCUGAAAAUCAAGGUGAGCUAUACGAAUAUAAAAACGACACCUUUCAGUCAUAAAGCUUCUUCAAGUGCGGGCCUGUUAAUUUACCAUUCUAUUUUGAGCUUUUUUCAAAAUGUUGUAUGUUUCUUAAACACCGUAGUUCAGUGGCUUGUGCUGUUGUUUGUUACUCGUGUGAGACAAACAGGUUCUGACCGCCUAACAGCACAUCACCCAGUCAUUUCCACGCUUGACCGCUGUGUUGGCGGAGGCAAGGAAAACGACUCUACCGUGAGAACUGACACUAGUCAAGAGAUUAUAAGCAGUUUAUGACCUCUUGCAAUAGUCAUUAAGGAAGAGAUUUGAUUCCCUUCUGAAGAUUAAAGUUAUUAGUACUCUUUACUUUGUUAUAGCUGUUUCUAUGCUGGCGUAUCUCAUCAUGAAGGGUGACCUCACGCCCAGGGAGAUCAGCGUCAAUUCUAUUUUCAUGUUUAGGGCGGGCGUCGAAUCGGUAAGUUAUAAAGCAAUUGCCCCUUUAUAGAAAACAAGAACAUCAAUUCGACCGGUCAAAUAAAGUAGGAAAAUUAUUUCCAAGUUAAAAGAUCCGUCCUAAUGACAUAUGUCCACUUUUUCUUCAAAGACCACAAAUGGAUUGCUGUGGCUCCUUUACGAUCUGGCCCGAAAUCCGAGGGUGCAGGAAAUGGUGUUCGAAGAAGUAAACUCCCUGAUUGGGCCCCAUGGAGAUUUUACUCCCGAGAGCUUUGCAAAGUUGGAGUACAUUAAGGCUUGUGUCAAAGAGAGUAUGAGGUAGAAGUAAUGUUGUUGUUGUUGUUUUUUGAUCUUGAGAGGUAUUUUUAAUUUUAAAAUAAGCGAACAGAAAGAUAGUGAAUGGCUCCUCGCACAAUUCCCAGUUCAAACUGAACCCCUCCGAUGCGAACUAAGUCUUUAAAUUGUUCUUUCAGACUGCAUCCAGUUACACCAGCCUGGACACGUGUUCUGACACAGGAUCUUGUUUUAUCCAGUUACAUGGUUCCAUCAGGGGUAAGUGCUUAACGAUAAGUUAUGAGUGACGAGGACUAUGGGAAGAGCUAUAGGUCCUUCUUCCAAUCGCCCACGGCAUAGUUUCUUUUCCCCUUUGCCAAAACCCUGCAUGUAUAUUAAAAGACUCCCAAGAGCCAGGAUAUUUAGGCUACUGGUUCAACUCUUGAGUCUUAGUAGCAGAGGGGGGCGGGGGCAAUCGCAAAGAGGGGAGUAUCCUCAGGACACCCCCUUCCGGCUCGGGUAAGCUCCUUAGUGAGUUAUGUGUUCGAAAGUGAUUCAAUAUUCCAAUGGUGUUAAAAGAAGUCUAUCAAGUUGGUGAAUCUUCAACUAAUCGAGGAAAAAAUGAAGCCUGUGACGUACUUAUGGCUUACUUGAUCAUUUGUUCGCUUGCGUUCGUUCGACAAUUGAAAUAAUAAUGAUGACUAUACCGGAAGUAACUACCGACUGAUCGUGUUUGACCAUGCAUUCUAUUCAGACCAUCGUAAGCUAUUCAAAUUACCUUUCUGGGCGCUCUGAGGAAUUGUUUAAGUUUCCUUUGGAGUUCAGGCCAGAACGUUGGUUAAACGAGGAUCUGGGAAAGAUUCACCCAUUUGCCAGUCUGCCAUUUGGAGUUGGGAGUCGUAUGUGCAUAGGUGAGGUUUUUUCUGUAUACAAAAGGUCUACAUGCAGCAGGUUUUUUCUUGGGCAACACAUCACUUUGACCCCUCACCUAUAGCUACGCAUAAAGCUUAGUUUGUAAAAUUAACCUCAGCUUUGAGCAAACAAUGGUGACAUCCGUAUGAGCGCGACCUAACAGAAGACUUAACGAGUAGAACAAUGAUGGGUGUGCUCGUGUAUUUUAAAAUUUUAAUUUGUAAAUUUAUAUGUUCUCUAGCAAAAGAAAAACGUGAAAACGUUGAUUUUGGCUAUGUAUUUGAGAGAACCCACACUGAAAUCUUUCAUGUUUUCUUUGAGAGUUUAAAGCUACUUAGACCUGUACCUCCGCGGUUGUUUUUUCCAUACAAUUACCUCUCUGGUUCUUUCCAGGGCGUCGUAUUGCAGAAGCCGAAAUAUAUCUUCUAACAGCAAAGGUAAGCGUGGGAAAGAAAAGUAGUUUGAAGGAGAAGAAAAAUAAAAUAAAUAAUCGCAUGUAAAAACACAAUUGUAUUACGGUGACCCCACUUUGGAAGGGCAGCGCUUUGGGAAGGAGGUCGAGUUAUCGAUAUCUUGUCUUAAUACACUAAAUAAAUACUUAAGUGAAUUGUUAUUAAUUUAACCAAUGUUUUUCUCAAUGACUACUUUAGCUGGUCCAGCGAUUCAUUAUGGAAUACCACGAUGAGCCAAUGGGGACAAAGCUAUCUUUUGUGGCUGUUCCCGACAGGCCUCUGAGGAUAAAGUUUAUCGAUCGGGAAUAGUUGUUAUGGACGUGUAGUCAUCAAGUGUCGCGAAUGGUCACAGCACCAAACACUAUGGCACAUAGCCAAUAUAGAAUAGGAUGAUGUACCACGUGGUACAAAUGAACUAAUCAGAUGGCUGGAUUGCUUUACAUCAAAUCGCCAUCUGGAUGCAAAUUCGGCCAUAUGAUUGGUUCAUUUGUACCCCAUGGUACUUAAUCCACCUCUCUGAUUAAUUAGUUGUACACCAUAGUGCUUCCUUAAACUACUCAGACUGUAUGGAAAUCAAUAUCUAAAUACCAUAUUAUAUAAAAGGUGUUCUAGAAUAGAAGCCGCCUUUUAAUGAAGGCUGCCAUAGAAAUACUUUAAACAUCAUAAACGCCGUAGCGUAAAGGAAAAAAAAACACGGUACCGGUUGCCUUCAUCAGGAAUGAUUUGAUAAUCUUAUUAUUUGAACUUUUUAAAACACCUUAAUCUAUUUUUAAAAACCUUUCCUUUUGGUGACAAGUCGAACUUUUGUUAAGUGGUCACCCACCACUGGAAAUGUCGAGGUGACCGCUAAAAACAGAUUAACCACUUAAUGCAAGUUCCACAGUAAAGGGGUUUUAUAAAAGACAAGGAAAGCGCCAUUUUAUGCCAUAAUUUACCACUUAGUGUACAAAAACGCGCUUAAAAAUGCUUCUAGCCUUUGAUUUGGGAGAUGAACGUGGAUUUAAUACACUUGAAAGUUUCCU